AUGGGAAAUGGAUCCUUCCCUGGGAUCAUAGACAUUUUCGGAGUUGGAGGUGGCCUUCUGGAGUAUCGGGCUAGUCUGCUGGCUGGGAAGGGUUUUGCUGUCGUCCUGGCUCUGGCUUAUUAUAACUACGAUGACCUCCCCAAGGACAUAGAUACCCUUCACCUGGAGUACUUUGAGGAAGCCGUGAACUACCUGCUCAGACACCCUCAGGUCAAGGGACUGGGGAUUGGCCUGCUGGGGACUUCCAAAGGGGCUGAACUCUGCCUCUCCAUGGCCUCUUUCCUGAAAGGAAUCACGGCUGCUGUCAUAAUCAAUGGCUCUAUGGCCAAUGUUGUUGGAACAUUACACUAUAAGGAUGUGACCCUGCCCUCUUUAUGCAUACAUGUAGAUCGUAUCAGGGUGACCAAAGAUGGCCUUAAAGAUAUUUUGGAUGUCCUGAAUUGCCCUUUAGAAGGACCUGACCAGCAGAGCUUGAUUCCUGUGGAAAGGUCAGACACGGCCUUCCUGUUGCUUGUAGGUCAGGAUGACCGCAACUGGAAGAGUGAGUUCUAUGCCAAUGAGAUCUCCAAACGCUUACAGGCCCAUGGGAAGGAGAAGCCCCAGGUCAUCUGCUAUCCCCAAACAGGGCACAAUAUUGAACCCCCUUACUUCCCACUGUGCAAGGCUUCCCUGCAUGCCUAUUUUAACAUGCCUGUCGUCUUUGGAGGGGAGCCCAGGGCUCAAGCCAUGGCCCAGGUGGAUGCAUGGCAGAAACUCCAGACUUUCUUCCACAAACAUUUGGGUGGUGAAAUGAGGACAAUCCCAGCAAAACUGUGAUUUUUUUUUUUUUUUUGAAUAGUGACAUUUCUGAUCCCUCCUGAGCAGGGCUGCCACUGUUAGGAUGUGUAUCCAUUUUUUUCUCCCUUUAAUAAAGUCUUGAAGUCUUCCUUACUGGUUGAAGGACAGCAUCUUUCCUACUUUCUUAUGGUGCUGAGGAUGGAGCCCAGGGCUUGUGCAUGGUAGGCUAGCACUCUGCCACUGGGCUAUCCCACUCUACCUUAGAGGGCAGUGAUUCAUUUAUUUUUUUUAAUUUUUCAUGUAAUAUAUUUUUAUCACAUUUUCUCCUCCUGCAACUCCUCCCAGAAUCUCCCCACCCAACUCUGUAUUCUCUCACUUUCAAAACCAAACCAAACCGUAAAAGCAAAAAAUCAAAACAAACAACCAUGCACACACACACACACACACACACACACACACACACACACACACCAACCAAACAAAUGAAAAACCAUGGGGUUCAUUUGUGUUAGCCAGCAACUGGGCAUGGGACCUACCCUGGACUGUAGUUGACAUGCAGUCACACUUCAUUCGAGAAAACUGAUUUUCUGUUUGUCACUGGGUAUCAAUUCUAAAUAGCUUCUUGGUUAGGAGUGGGGCCCCAUGUCCACUUUCCCCUCUCAGGGCUACGAUCCCAUCUGACUUGAACCUGUGCAGGUCUUGUAAGUCCUGCUCCAGUCUCUGUGAGUUCAUAUGUCUAUUAAUUCUGUCAUGUCUGGGGGGAGACUCAGCAUAUUGUCCCUUUCAGUGGCCUGCAUUGUGGAGCUCAGGCUUGUAAACAGGGACUAUGGGAGAAGGCUCUGGGACAGGGAAAUGGUUGCAUGCACUCCAAGACUUGGUAGUGCCAAGCACUAUGGCCACUGCCAGCAACUAGUGGUGUGGGACAGGAACAUUCAGAGGCUGCUCGUUGUAGCUAAUAGGUUUCUCCACCAACACAGUAAGCCAGAUCAAACUGAACUGAAAAAGUAUAACAGGGAUAUUUGAGCAAAGCAACCCCUGGGUGGGUUCUCCUGUCCCAAAGAUCAAGGCCAGAGAUGUCUCACCACCGAACUAAAGCAGGGAGAUUUUAUGGAUUGUAGGUGAGGGGUGAUAAGGUGUCCACCACAGCUGGGUUUGUGCCCAAGUAUGGUCAAAAACCAAGGGCUUAGGUGGGUGCCGUGUGAUAUUUUUAUCGUGUUCUGACAAAUAAAGCUUGCUUGGAGUCAGAGGGCAGAGCUAGCCACUAGCUCACCAAAAUUAACCACAGAGGUUUUGGAGGACUGUAGACAGACAGGACAGGAAGGAAGUAGUAAGGUGGGGCAAAGAGGGAUCUCGGCCUAUUUGGAGGAAGGAAUGGAGCAGAUGGGAAGGACUGGUGGCUUCUCUACUCUGAUCCUUCAGGUUCUUACCCCGAUAUCUGACUCCUGAAUUUUUAUUGAUAAAGAAUAAUUAGAAUAACACUUCAGGUAGAGACCUAAGCAGCUAGUAACUUCAGAGGAGGAAGCUGCAGUAGCCACCAAGAAUGUGGAACUGAGUUUUUUGGCAGGGUUUGGAGAGAGAGACAGGAAUGGGGCUUUCUAGAUCAUGGAGGGGUGGGCCGGAGGUGCCAACCAAACAGUAGCCCGCCUCUUAAAAGUAGCACUGAGAGAGAUACAGAGAAAAAAUCUUGACAGUUUUAGAUGCUGUGUACUGGCUUUUGAACUACCUGACUUAAAUAACUCUGGGGGUUUGAAUAGAAAUGGCCCCAUAGACUCAUGAACUUGAAUGCUUGGCCCAAAGGAAGUGGCACUAUUAGGAGGUGUGGCUUUGUUGGAGGAAGUGUAUCACUGUGGGGGCUUUGAGGUCUCACAUGCUCAAGCUGUGCUCAGUUUGGGACAUAGUGCACUUCCUGUUACCUGCGGAUCGAGAUGUAGAACUCUCAGCUCCUUCUCCAGCACCAUGUCUGCCUGCAUGCUGUCAUGUCCCACCAUGAUGAUAAUGGACUAAACCUCUUAAACUGUAAGCUAAUACCAAUAAAUGUUUUCCUUUGUAAGA